AUGUAUGUCAAGACACUUUCACUACUCGCUCUUUCAUUGCCAUUUACGGUGGAAGGAUGUGGGAAGGACCACAUCCAGCGAAGAGAUUUUGAUCUAAAUCAUCCGUAUCUAACGAAACGCGGCCGACCGCACCAUCCUCCUCGCCUGACGACGCACGAGUCUAUCUUGCUUAACAGCUUUGACAGCGCUUCCAUAAGCGGUUGGUCCCACUACUAUACUCAUGGAGCUCAUUUGGCGGGCAAGAACCGCACCAUGGCCCAAUGGACCGCGGACAAGUGGGCUGAAUACGGCUUGGAAUCCUCGGUGGUGCCGUACACUGUCUACCUUAACUACCCAGAGUCACAUUCCCUGUCACUUUCACUGGCAAACGGCACCGAGUGGAAGGCAAGCUUAGAGGAAGCAGUGCUGCCAGAAGACGAUACUUUGAGUUAUCCGAAUCGCAUUCCAACAUUCCACGGCUACUCUGCCAGUGGAGAAGUAACAGCAGAAUACGUAUACGUUGGCCGUGGGCAACAGGUUGACUUUGAACGUCUAGUGGAACUGGGAGUUGAACUUGAGGGUAAAAUUGCCAUUGCCCGUUAUGGUGGCCCCUUUAGAGGUCUUAAGGUUAAAAAUGCCCAAGACUAUGGGAUGAUUGGCUGUGUCAUUUUCACAGAUCCCGGUGACGAUGGAAACGUGACUGAGGCAAACGGAUAUGCAGCCUAUCCCCACGGCCCAGCUCGGAACCCUACAUCUGUGCAACGAGGUUCUGUUCAAUUCCUGUCCACUUACCCUGGAGAUCCCACUACACCAGGCUAUCCGUCAAAGCCCGAUUCUCCUCGUCAAGACAAGAGCAGUGUUGUGCCCAAAAUUCCGUCGCUUCCAAUUUCAUGGUUAGAGGCUGUUCCAAUUCUUGCCGCCCUCGACGGCCAUGGUGUCUCUGGAGAAGAGGUCGGCCGUCCCAAAUGGGUCGGUGGUCUCAAUGUUACCUACUCAACCGGACCCGCUCCGGGAACCAAGCUCUCACUGAAGAACGUCAUGAGCGACGCCAUCACUCCUAUCUGGAAUGCCGUCGGGAUUAUCAACGGAACGAGCCCCGGUGAGGUUGUCGUCAUUGGCAACCAUCGCGAUGCAUGGAUUGUGGGAGGCGCUGCGGAUCCCAACUCCGGAUCGGCAGUUAUGAUUGAACUCGCAAAAGCCUUUGGUGAACUGCAAAAAAUCGGAUGGAAACCUAAGCGAACAAUCGUGCUGUGUUCUUGGGAUGCUGAGGAGUAUGGACUCCUUGGUUCUGUGGAAUGGGUUGAAGAAUAUCUUCCUUGGCUGAAAGCCACCACUGUGGCCUACCUUAAUGUCGAUAUUGCGACAUCUGGCCCACUUCCAUCGUUUGAUGCCACUCCUCAGCUGCACGAGCUAGGAAUGGACUCGAUGAAGAAAGUUCCUUACUCCCUCAAAGGUUCCCAGGGCACAAGCUUGUAUGAUGUUUGGAAAGUAGUCAAUGGAGAAAUUGGCGUCCUUGGAAGCGGCUCUGAUUAUACUGCUUUCGUUCACAAUGGCAUUGCAUCCGCUGACAUCGGUGCCUUCGGUGGUCCAAGCGAUGCCAUAUAUCACUAUCAUUCGAACUUUGAUUCGUACCACUGGAUGGUCAACUUUGGCGACCCCGGAUUCAAGACUCACCUUGCAGUGGGUCAGUUUUUGGGCCUGAUGGCGUAUCAUUUGGCCAGCGACAAAGUCGUCCCCUUUGACAUCACCAACUAUCCCAAGCAGAUGAACAUUUAUCUUGACAACCUGAAGGCCCUUGCAAAAGAAUCAAAUGUCAAACUUAAACUAUCGAAACUUGAAUUUUCCAUCAAAGCAUUCAGCAAGGCAGCGAGGCUCUUGACGGCCGCAAAGAAAGUGGCAAGGUUGACAAACGACAAGCGUCUGCUGAACAUGGUCAACCAUAAACAGAGGGACUUUGAGCGGGCCUUUGUAGGUCAAGGCGGUUUGCCCAAUAGAGAAUUCUAUAAACAUGUAAUUUUUGCUCCAGGCUUGGACACUGGCUAUGCCCCAACUACAUUCCCUGGGGUUACAGAGGCCCUCCAAUUCGGCGGCAAUCAAGAACUUGCGCAGGAAUGGGUUGAUAAGACCACAAAAGCUAUCUUCGCCGCUGCGAAAAUAUUGACCCCUAUAAAGUGGUAAUGAAUGUGAAAGCUUUGAUUGUAUGUACAAUCAAAUUGCGUAGCACACCCAUGGUCGGACGACUACAUGCCCAGUUACUUUAAUAUUUUAAUACAAAAAGCUCUUGAUAUUGAGUGAGACAAUGUGUCCAACAUCAAUGAGAUGGGAGACACACAAUGUGUAAAAACACAGUGGAGAGUAUAUUCUCAAUUCAAGAGCUCAUUGUUCAAGUGUCAACAGCUGGGGUAUCCGUCUCUUUCAUCAAAAAAUAAUUACGGUAAAAUAGUCAUCUUGCCAGUUCGAAAUCAAAAAUAAAAUUAAACCCUUUUCCCAAACUUAUUCAUUACCACCUCAUCACAAUCAUGAGCUAUCCUCUCCGGUGUAGUUCUUAUCCAAAGAGUUCAUCUUAUCUUCCUGCUUGUUCAGUCCAUGGAACAAGUACCAGAAGAUACCUGCGGUAGUGACAGAGGCACCGCACAACCCAACAAACAUCCAGAUAAUGACUGGGUCAUAUGCCACUGGGGUAAGUGCCAAACCAAUAGCAGAGCCAAAGGCGUUGGUGAGCAGGAACAAGCCAGAGACGAAACUCUUUAGUCUCUCGGGGGCCUUCAUGUACGCAUAUUCAAGGCCAGUCACGCUGAGGAAGACCUCGGCAAGACCAAUGAAUAUAUAAGCCGGUGCCUGGAUAGCGAUGUGGACAUCGUUGCCUUGUUUGACUCCGUCGAUCUUGGAUAAUUCACAGAGAGGAUAUUCGUAGCAAGGAGGAGCGGAGUAGAUCAUAUGUUGGACAAUAGCAGCGUACAUCAUCGCAAGUGAAGCGACGAGGAAGCCAACUGUGAUACGAGUAAUUGGUUGGAACUCGAUGUGACGUUUGCGGAGGAAGGGAUAGACAACACGAUCAAGCAGUGGGAUGGCGAUGAUGAUGGAGAUCGGGUCAAAGUUUUGCAUAAGGU